AGGUGGUUUAUCCCGGUUUGUGUUUAUGAGUUGCGGUAAACAACAAUUCAAAAGUUUUAAAAUUUUUCAAAAAAUUGACACGUAAUGUUGCUUAAACAAAAUCUUGAUUCGAAUGAUUAUGAAAAUUUAAAUCAGUUUAGUGAAAUUAAUUUUCAUCCUCAUAUCAAGCAUAAAGUAUAUGGCAUUAAAAAGUCUGAAAAUGACCCAAGAGAUUACUGCUUUCUAGUUCUAAAUAACGAAUUACAAAUAUUACUUGUCAGUGACCAAGCAACCGAGAAAGCAGCUGCAUCAGUCGAUGUUCAUGUUGGUUUUGAGAAUGAUCCUGAUGAUGUUCCUGGUAUUGCACACUUUUGUGAACACAUGUUGUUUCUUGGGACGCAUAAAUACCCAAUUGAAAAUGAAUAUUCAAAAUUUCUUUCGCAAAAUGGUGGCUAUUCAAAUGCUUACACAUCAGAUCAACAUACAAAUUAUUAUUUUGAAGUAAAACCUGAUCAACUAGAGGGUGCCUUAGAUAGGUUUGCACAAUUUUUUAUCUGUCCACUUUUUACUGAGAGUUCUACUGAAAGAGAGUUAAAUGCUAUCCAUUCUGAAUUUCAAAAAAACAUUUUUAAUGAUACUCGAAGAAUCUCAAGUGUUGAUAAAGAAACUUCAAAACCGGGACAUGUUUACACUAAGUUUGGUUCGGGCAACAUCACUACACUAAAAACAAUCCCUUCAGAAAAAAAUAUUGACAUAAGAGAUUGUCUAUUAAAGUUUUAUGAGUCCCAUUAUUCUGCAAAUAUAAUGACUCUUGUUGUUCUUGGUAAAGAAAGUUUAAUUGAUCUAGAAAAAAUGGUUGUCUCUAAGUUUAAAGAUAUUGCAAACAAAAAUACUGUUAUGAGUUUUAGCUCUGAGCAUCCAUAUAGUCAGGAUCAACUUUCGUUAAGCUUCAAUGUUGCAACAAUAAAAAAUCAUCAUUCAUUACAGCUGCGAUUUCCUAUGCCUGAUUUGCAUGCUUGGUAUAAAAAAAAGCCAGAAUACUAUGUUUCACAUUUAAUUGGUCAUGAAGGGGAAGGAAGUUUGUUAUCUCUGUUAAAACGAAAUGGUUGGGUACAAACUUUGAGUACUAUGUUAAAUUUAAAUACAAAGGGAUAUCAAUUUUUUGUUAUUGAAAUGAAGUUAACAAAUGAUGGUUUAGGUCAUGUGACUGAAAUAAUAACUACAGUAUUUCAAUAUAUCAAUCUUUUAAAAUCAUCCUCUGCUCAUGAAUGGAUGUAUAAAGAAAUCCAAAUGCUAAAAGGUAUUGAAUUCAGAUAUAAAGAUGUAACAUCUCCAAGAAGUUAUGUCACAGAGUUAUCCUCACUAAUGCAGCAAUAUCCACCUGAUGACAUUUUGUAUGGUCCAUACAUGAUGGAAGAGUUUAGUCCAGAUUUAAUUAAGAUGGUAAUUGAUCUCCUAACUCCUGAUAAAUUUAGGUAUUUUGUGGGAUCACCAAAUUUUAAAGGUGAAACAUUGUUAAAAACUAAUCACUACGAUGCUGAAUAUAAAGUCAAUCAUAUUGAAGCAGCUCAAAUAAAGAAAUGGGAAUCGUGUGGUUUAAAUCCUGACCUUCACUUUCCAGAUAAAAAUCCAUUUAUUCCGUGUAGCUUGGAAGUUAAAGUUACCAAAAAAGAUAUCAAGAAUGUUCCUUACAUUUUUAAGGAUACAGAAAUGAUGCGCAUUUGGUACAAAGCAGAUGAUACUUUCCUUUUGCCAAAAGCUAUUAUUAAUUUAUCAAUUAAAAGUCCUGUUGCAAAUAAUAAUCCUUUGGAAAACAAUUUACUUGCAAUGUUUGUGGAAAUUCUGAAUGAUGAGUUAAAUGAAUUGCUUUAUGCUGCUGAUCUCGCUAAACUUAACUGCAUCAUAAACCAAACCAUAAGUGGAAUUUUUAUUUGUAUCCAUGGUUAUGAUGACAAACAACAUUUAGUUCUUUCAAAAAUUGUAGAGAAGUUAAAAGAAUUGAAAAUUAAAGAAGAUAGAUUCAAUGCCAUCAAAGAAUCAAAAGAAAAAUCUUUAAAGAACCAUGAGUUAGUUGAACCUUAUCAACAAGUAUCUCUCUGUAGCAUGCAUCUAGUUGAUGAAGCUAUUUGGGAUGUGGAUGAUAAGUUAGUUUGCAUGAAAGAUGUUACUGUAAAGAGUUUAGAAGAGUACAUAAGCAGAUUUCUGGUAAGUAUCUUUGUAGAAUGUUUACUCUGUGGUAAUCUUUUACAAGAUGAUGUCAACACAAUCAUAACAAUUAUGGAAGAGAAGCUGUUAACAAAUGCACUACCAUUGUUUCCUUUACAGCAUAUUCUUCCAAGAACUUAUUGUUUAAAUAAAGGUAUAAAUUAUUUAUUUGAGAAGCGCAGCAAGCUACAUAUAACUUCUUGUGUUUAUACACUUGUACAAGUUGGAAUUCAAGAAACAAAAGUUAAUGUGCUUUGUGAAAUUAUUACUUCUAUGUUGCAUGAGCCAUUUUAUAAUCAACUCAGAACAAAAGAACAGCUAGGCUACAUUGUACAUUGUGGAAUUAGGAAUUCGAUAUCAACAAAGGGAAUUUAUUUAUUGGUGCAAUCAGACAAGCAACCAUCAUAUGUUGAAAAAAGAAUUGGAAUUUUUCUGAAUGAUUUUGAGGAAACCAUUUUGAAUAUGGAUGCUUUGGUAUUUUCAGAUUAUGUUCAAUCAUUAAUUGAAAAAAAACUUGAGAAACCAAAGCGUUUGGAUCAAGAAGCUUUGCAAUAUUUAUCAGAGAUUAAGACAAAGCAGUAUCACUUUAAGCGAGGAGAGGUAGAGGCUAAGGCCUUGCAAAGUAUAACAAAGGAAGAUGUUUUAUUUUUUUAUAAGAAAUACAUAAGUCCAAAUUCAAAUGCUCGAAAAUCACUAACAAUUUCGAUACUUGGAAAAGACGCACAAAGCCUUUUAGAAGACACUGAGAAGAAAGAUUGGAUGCUCGUCGAUGACGUAUUGCGUUUCAAGUCAGGGCUGGGUCUUUAUCCUUUAGUACGUCCUUAUAACAACGAAACUAAAUUGUUGGGGACAUCAGCAAAAUCAAAGUUGUAACUCAUAUUUGUAUUGACUAUAAAUAUUUUAGAAAAA